AAAUCAGCCUUUCUUUUAUGGUUUAUAAAAGGGGAGGGUGCAUGCAAGUGUGAUGUGAGUGCAUGUGUGCUUGUGUCGCACCAAAGGAUGAGGGUGUGGGCUGGUGUGCUUCAGCCACACCAAGGAAAGGCACCAGAGAGAGAGAGCACGGCAGAGAGGGAGAGUGGGUUGCUUGUGAGAUGCAAGCAAGCAGUCCCAUGAAUUCCUGGAGGAUGUUUCAGCUGGAAAUUAGCUGGGCUCAUCAAAGGUUCAAGAGAGGGUAUAUCUCUUGGGGAGUGACAGUGAGUUUUGGGAAAUACUGUGAGUGGGUGUACAAGGGACUCGGGUUUGGGUAUAAAACUCUUGAGUGUUAUAUUGAGUUAUGUUGAUUUAACACAAUAUGUAUUUUGUACGGUUAAUAUUCUCAUAGUGGAAAACUGAUAAUACUGUCCGGGGAUGUAGGCAUGUUUUUUUUCUGCUGAACCUCGUAAAUUCUUGGUGUGUUCUCUCAUGUAUUUACUCAUUGUCAUCUUGAGCUUGUUGGUUUGUUUUGUGUAUUUCUUCCAUCGGGUUAUGCCGUGACGAGGGGGAAAUCGGUGUUUCCCCAACACAGGUUGUGUUGAGUUAGGUUGGACUUGUUCAAAACGAACCACCGGUAGCCGCUUGAGCGAUUUAUUUACCCUCCUUUUGAUUUUCCUGUCUUUUCAUGGCAAGAUUUUUCCUUUGGAUUUGCGUAUCAUAUCCCGCCAAGUAUAGUGCGGUCAGGGCUCUACUUUAUUUAACAUUAAAUAAGUUAAGUUGAUUGAUUCAUUAGAGACCUAUCUACCUAUCUUCAUGGAGGAGCCCCUACUGGACACAGCUGCUGGCGCUGAUCAGUUGAGCACUAAGCCUCAUGAUCUGUACGAAGGUGGGAACGAAGACUAUGCUCCGGUGAGGAGCUUCGAUGCGCUGCGGUGUAUGUUUUGGAUCGAGACAGGGAAGCUCUGGAAAAUGGCAGGUCCGGCAGUGAUCACUAUGUUGUGUAUGUAUGGGACUAACUCAGCUGUCAUUCUCUUUGUCGGUCAUCUCGGAACUGUAGAGCUCUCAGCGGUCUCCAUUUCUCUAGCCGUCAUUUACACAUUCGCUUUUGGAUUCUUGUUUGGCAUGGGGAGUGCUCUGGAGACCCUGUGUGGGCAGGCAUUUGGAGCUGGGCAGAUUCAUAUGCUUGGGAUUUACAUGCAGCGCUCAUGGAUAAUCCUAUUAGUAACCAGCCUGUUCAUCUUGCCAAUUUACAUCUUUGGCACACCCGUUUUAAAGUUGCUAGGCCAAGAAGAUGACAUAGCCAAUCUGGCUGGAGAAUUUACAAUCCAAACAAUCCCCGCAUUGUUCUCACUUGCCAUUAUUUUUCCAGCUCAGAAGUUCCUUCAGGCUCAGAGAAAGGUUAUGGUUCUGGCAUGGAUUGCAGUUUUUGGUUUGAUCAUAGAAAUUGGACUGCUCUGUCUCUUCAUUUUGGUGUUUGGUUGGGGCACAUUGGGUGCAGCUGUUGCAUUUGAUAUUGUAAGAUGGGGCAUGGCAAUUGCUCAAGUUGUGUAUAUAAUGGGUUGGUGCAGGGAGGGCUGGACUGGGUUUUCAUGGUUGGCUUUCAAGGAGAUAUGGGCUUUUGUAAGACUUUCCCUUGCCUCUGCUGUCAUGCUCUGCCUUGAGAUUUGGUACUUCAUGAGCAUACUCAUUCUCACAGGCCAUCUUGAUAAUGCAGUUAUAGCAGUUGGUUCCCUUUCUAUUUGCAUGAACAUCAACGAAUUUGAACUAAUGUUGUUCGUUGGAAUAAAUGUGGCAAUAAGUGUGCGUGUCUCCAAUGAGCUUGGAUCAGGAAGACCAAGAGCAGCCAAAUACUCUGUCUAUGUGACAGUAUUUCAGUGUCUUCUAAUUGGGAUUUUUUUCAUGAUUGUGAUCUUGAUAACCAAAGACAGUUUUUCCCUACUUUUUACAAGUGAUGAGGAUCUGCAACAAGCGGUCGCUAAGCUAGCAUAUCUUCUUGGUAUAACUAUGUUGCUCAACAGCAUCCAGCCAAUAAUAUCAGGGGUUGCAAUUGGAGGUGGAUGGCAGGCGCUGGUAGCUUAUAUAAACUUGGGUUGUUACUACAUUUUUGGACUUCCUUUUGGAUAUCUUCUUGGUUAUACUGCAAAUCUGGGUGUGAUGGGACUUUGGGGGGGCAUGAUAUGUGGAACUGCUCUCCAAACCUUGCUUCUGUUGAUUGUGCUUUACAAAACCAACUGGAACAAAGAGGUGGAGCAAGCAACAAAACGCGUGAGGAAGUGGGGUGGUCAGGACGUCACAGCUGAGAAAGGAGCUCAAAGUACCUGAAAAUGAAAUUCUUCGCUCCUCCAUUCCAGUUCAAUGUUCAAACUUUUUUUUCUUGGAUGAAUGAGGUUUUGAAUAGAAUAAAUAUCCUUUCGCUUACUAGUUUGAUUUUGUGCAACCCUUAAUAUGCACAAGUACAAAAGAUAUAGUUGUUAGAGUAUGUAGAGCUAGGAUUGUGACAAGUGUCACUUAGUCAUUGACUGAUGUUAGAAUUAAUUAGUAAGUUGUUGUAAUCAGUUGGAGCCUUAUAAAGCUUAACUCGUAUGGUUCUCUAAGAAAAUA